UUUGAAAUAUUCUCAAAAUCCAUAAACACCAGGAAUGCGUUGAACUUACACUUGCGUUUCACACAUGGUUUUGUUUUAAUAGUUGCUGCAACACAACACACGGUUUUUAUUUACAUAAGACAAACACGUAACACAAAAUGAAGACAAUGCAUUUAAUUGCACCUCCCGGAACCGUCAACAGAUUGGAAAAUGAUUCCGAGCCCGAGUUCCUUUUCAAUGGUGAAGAGGAGGAAUGUGCCAACUGGCCCUUGGCGGUAAAAUUGUCCAGAACCACAGUGCAGCUAAUCGACUACAAGAUGUUUAUUGCGGCACGUUGCAUUCAGUCUCAUUGGCGUGGCCACCGCGUUCGAAAGCUGAUCCAUCAGCGCUGGAAGGCGGCAGUUACCAUCCAGCGCUGGUGGCGCGGCUUUCGGGUUCGGCGGACACUGUGGGAACAGCUGGAGCAGCGGCUGCAGGACACGAUCCUCGAGCACUACCACCGGGCGGCCAUCCGCAUCCAGGCUAUGUUCCGUGGAUGGCGGGACAGGCAGACCAUCCACGAUGUGCAAAACCUGCGCCGCAUGCAAGCCACUGCCGCCGAGGACCUGCUCAACUGCGUGAUCCUCCAGCUGCAUCACAUUAAGCAAACCGAAUCCUUACCAGGAGACAUCUCGCUGCGAAACUCAGUCAUCCUUUCAAGGGUCGAGAAGCUGGUGACCACUAUGUUGUUUCGAUUCCACAACGGUCGGGUGUUAUCCAUAGUAGCCAACAGAAUGUCCCAAAAGGAGGAACACCGAAAGAUCUUUGAAUCUGGCAAAUUCUUCUAUCCGUUUCCCUUUGCCGGACCCAAUUUCAACGAGCUAUGUCAUAUUACGGACGAGGGCAAAGUGGUUGUCAAGGAUUUGAUCACUGAUUUGCGCUUCGCCGGAAUUGUCGCCAAGUACGAGGAGUCUCAGCGGGAAGAGCAUUUCAGAGAAGCCCAUAGGCGUUUUGAUACGCGCAAAGUUCAAGAGCAGUUGGACCACAUUAACGCUCAAGAACUAAAUUCUAAGCGUAAAUUCUGUGCUGACGUUAUAGAGAGCAUGCGUAAAUGGACGAUCUGGAGUGGCACCAAUAAUAAUGUUAAGAAAAAUAUUUUUCAAAGUCCUGAAAAUGUGGAAGGAUUUUUUAUGAAAGUGAAGUAUAUAAUAGGUGACGGCAAUGUGAGACCCGCUGAAGACCUUGAAUUUCAGGAAGAUGUGAUGAAGAUUUCUUGAGAUAAAUUCUAGCAGGCAUUUCAUUUAUUUUACUCUUGGCCGGGCUAAGAAAGAGCCGGCAGACGGGAGCAAUUUGUGAGCUGCGUGGUAAAUCUUGGCAUGCUUACCUAUAAAUAUUUGACAUGGCUACAAUAGCCUGCCCCUGGAUCGGGGGAAACGUGGCAGCCACACAUGACCCGGGAUGCCCAGGAUACAGGCUGCUCAAAGCCUGUGGCAUACGUGCAGGAGCAUUAUCCGCAUACUUGAAGCGGGACGGGUCCUUAUACGUGACUACCGUCUGCCGAGGUCCUGCAAGGGGGGCAAUGCGCAGUGGGUGGGAGGGCAAAUUAGAUUUGCCUAUAAUUAAUAUGCACGAUAUGUGGCGUUAACUUGUGUGAAAAUUACUCGGCUCCCUGACGUGACGGAGCGCGGUUCGUGUGGAACGCGAGAACAAAAACCAUAUACUCCAAUUACAAUCUAUCUGUUCGGCACUGGAGGCCUUUGCGCUAUUCGAUUGUGAUUCUCGCCCGUAAGUAUUUCCUAAUUAGUUGUUGAUGACAAAGGCACGUGAGUGAUUUCUGAGGGAUGGUUCCCUGCCACAGCGCUGCAGGAAAAAAUUAAAUAUGUAAGGAGCUGCGCCACUAAAAUCAAUUGUCAAAUUGGA